AACAGCAUACCUUUUGAAAUUGUAUUACUCCAAACAAAGUUUGUUAUCUAGUGUGCCCGUUCCCACUAAUCAUACAUGAUUACAGAUACAAUGACAUGUGUGACUAGGGACUUGUCUUAACGUAGACGGAUAGGCUCCCUUGUCAAUAUUGUACACACGGAUUUUAAUUCGAAACCGAAAGUACUAUUUUAAAAGUACUUGACGGUAAAUUAUAAUAACAAAUAUGGGUUCGUGUGUCACAGACUUGAUCCAGUCUUGCCUCCGAUCUUUCAAAAAACGCGAACGUUUUACACUAAGUAGCAAUGGGUCUGACGAUAGCUUAAUUUACCCGAGGCAUAACCCAAUAAGGGUACAACCCACAGGCCGAUUACAUCAGAAGGAGAGGUCCAAUCGAGAGCAGAGUGAAAGAUGUGAAUAUCAUGAAGAACACAUUAGCCAACUGAGGAGUGCUGCAAGUAACCAUGAGGUCGAGAUAAAACAACUUGAAGAAUACAACAAGCUGUUACAGGAAAGAUGUUCCUCUCUUGAAGAGAACAUCCGCAAACUGUGCAGUGACGCAAGUAACUAUAAGGUCAGGAUAAAACAAUGUGAAGAAGACAAGAAGUUGUUACAGGACCAAUGUUGCUCUCAUGAAGAACACAUCAGCAAACUAUGCAGUGACGCGAACGACUCUAAAGUCAAAAAUAUACAACUUGAAGAACACAAGAAACUGCUACAGGACAAGGUCGACGUAUUGUAUCUAAAUGCUUCAAAAUCAAUGGCCAAAAGUGGACACUUAGAAAAUACCAACGAUAAGUAUUCAAACACACGACUGGCGGAACGAUUUGAUGGGAAGGUCAAGGAUUCAUGGUUGGAUAUAUGUGACCUUCUGAACGACGUUUUUACGGAAUGGGAACGUGUACAAGCAUUGUCUAGAAUUAUUAAGAACAUAUCGACCAAAUGCACCGAAAAGGCUGAUACAGAUAUUCAGGGCAUCACCUGCAGCUCUGAAGUGGAUGAGAUGGAAAUGAACACCUUAACGGACAUCCGCAGAAGAUGUGGUCAAACCGAAAGUAAAAUGGAGGCCGUCGUCAAGGAAUUGGCUGAUAGUGUAUGGAGUACUGAAGAUGUUCUGAUCAUAACUGAAGCAAAUCCUACUGACGAAACCAUACAAAGCCUCCAUAAUUUUAUACACGAUGUUAUAAAGAUUUGCUGGUUAAUGGCCAUAUCACAGCCUCCCCUGAUGCUCAAUUUUGAAGUGGAAGGCACCACGUAUACACCCCAUGUCAAGGAAAGGUUUACGGAAUAUUCGACCGAGGAUGCUGUGGAAUCGAACUACAAGCCGGGUACCAUUUUGCUAGUUGUGUGGCCAUCAGUAGAAAAAAGGAACAAAAGUGGAUUUUUGAAGAAAGGAGAAGUUAUCGUUAAACCUUAAUUUGUUGUGAUCGUUUAAUAUUUUAAAACGCGUUUGAUGUUCUACAUCAAUAUGGCAAUAAUGUAAAGCUUGUUUGUUGCUUAAUGGCAUAAUAUUUAUCGGGUUGUGUUUCUUCUAAGCAUAUAUUGUUUGCAAUUAGGUAGUAGCAAGUGGUCUUAUGUAUUUAGAGUUUUGAAGAAAUGAAACUUACGUGAUUUGAAUACUUAGUUGUUUGAACCCAACUUCUGUUGUCCAUUGUAUGUGGAAUUUUAGUUAACAGCGUGAUGCACACGCUCCUUAUCAUAUACAGGAUGUGAAUUUGCUUGGGUGUAUCAAUUAUAAUAUAUUUAUGUUUGUUUUAUUUCCUUUUUAAAUGUAACUUGCAAUAUAUAUUAACGAUGGAGCGCUUUUAUAUUUAGGUGCAGUUGUUACUUUUUAAACAGCUUUUUAGAAUAUGCAAAAGCAGAAACGCCUUAACGGUUUAUUAGGAAAUACAAAUCUAAAACAUCGCAAAAAUGUUUAUUUGAUUCUAUUAUUAGAAAUGGACUAAGUCACUGGAAGAAAAACAAUGUAAUAAACGCACUUAAAAUUAAGCAUAGGGUUAUGUUAAUGGUCAUACGUUCAACGCGCAAAUAACUGCGUUCACUAAUCCACUGAAACUAUUGAAAACAUCUACGUUCAUAAGUAUGGAACUCGAAAUUUCACAGAAAUCAAUAUUGAACACACUAUGCUGUGUAUGACAAUAAAAUAACUGUUUUGAUGGUUUCUUCAAAAUUGAAACUUAUUCCUAUCAUCAGAUUCUUUUAGUGUGUGUGUAUGUUGUCUUAGUACAGUCUUCAGAUGUUGUUACCAUUAGAACUAUUUUUCGUGCGUGGAUGAAACAUAUUUGCAAUCUUUCUUAUUUUAAGAUUUGUUAAAAACACAUGUCUGUCACAAACUUGUUAGCUUUUAGGCUGUUAUAGAUGUAUUUUAUGUAAAUUAAAAUGAAAUUGAAGCAUA